AUGUCUAGUUCACCAGCCGUCAGGCAGGAGGCAGCUCGAGAGGAUUCGCUCCUGCACAGCUCGACGGGUAGCCAAACACCUGUACAGGAUGCUGCCCCGACCGACUGCCUCCGUGUGUUGUUCCCUGCAACGCAAGGAGGGGAACAGCAGCAGCAAGCACUUCAAUUGGGGCAAAUUUUCGAAGUCUUGAACAAGAUUGGCGAUGUGCGAUGGGUCGAUUUUUCGAAUUUUCAUCUUGACCACACCGUUGUCGUGGCUUAUUUCGAUCUUCGCGCGGCUCAGCGAGCGUUCACCAGCCUCAACGAGGCCGGGCUAUCUACUUCAGCAGAAUAUGUAUCAACACCCGAUUGCGAAAAAAUACGUAAAGUAGUGCUCAGUGUGAGCGGCACUGACAGUUUCGAUACUAUUCGGGAGGAACUCACUCAUUUUGGAGAUCUCCGCCGAAUGAGUUUUCAGGACUGUUCCCUUGUCGCUGAAUUCUUCGACUCGAGAGCUUGCGCGUCGAUAAAUGCCACUCUGGGCGCUUCGGGACUGGAGCUCGGCCGAGCCAUGGGACUUGCACCUAGGGCACGGCCCAGAUCGUUGUCAGGGUCCAGCAAAGAUCACAUCGGUAGUACCCAUCCUCCUGGAGGUUCCUGUUCUGGAGCUCAACGGGCCGCUAUGAUGGGGUACCAGCAACCACGAGUGGUCUCUUCAGUAGGACAAGGCGUAGCUAUCGCGAAUCGUACGUUCCCGGAUAAAACUACUUGUGCGUCUGAAACGAUGAGCAGCAGUCGGUACCCAAAGACCCCUGCGGUUCCAAACUCGCAGUUUGUAAUCGACCUAGAUAGAGUAGUUAGUGGAGCCGACCCUCGGACAACUUGUAUGAUACGCAAUAUACCCAACAAGUACACUCAGAAGAUGCUCCUUAGGCUGUUUGAUUCGGUACCCAACAUAUGCGGUCAAUAUGACUUCUUUUACCUCCCUAUGGAUUUUCGAAACAAGUGCAAUGUUGGCUAUGCCUUUAUCGACUUCGCGAACCCGCGAAUAAGUAUUCCCGCGUUGGUACGGGCUUUUGAUGGGAAGAAGUGGGAGAGGUUCAACUCGGAGAAGAUAUGCAAAAUUACGUUUGCGAGGCUUCAGGGUUCAAAGCAGCUGAUGGAGCAUUUCCGCGCAUCCAGUGUAAUGCAGCAAUCUAAUAAACAAAUAAGGCCUUGGUUCCAGAGAGAUCGAUCGAUCGGUCAGUACCCUCGUAUGGUUAAUUCUUCUAUUAUGGAGCACUCGAGUCACCAGCAAGCCUCGGGAGCACUAUCGUCAUCAUCAGCGAUGAGCGCAGGUGGUGAGGCAGAUGCUGCUGUCAACUACGAUAGAGCUUUGGCCGACUUGUGUGCUAUUGGCGAACCGAGCCUGCUGGCUACGGCUUUAGCACAGCUGCAGCGAAAUGAGGAAGACCCUUCUUCGGUCAUUCUGGAUAACUUCCCUUUGGAGGGCUGGUCGGAUGCUGCGAGCUCUAUAGGCGGCUUUAGUGCUCCGGCAGCUUACUACUCGGGAGGCUCACCUGGUACCUCUACUCCUCUGCCCACCCUUGGUGGUUACAGUCAGCUGCACUUCACGCCUCCUCUGGGGUGGACAAGUAAGCCUGACGGAACUGAGCGCAGCGACAAGAAGUGACUUGUUGAGAUUUUUCUGUUGAUUUGGAAGGACCACAAUGUCCUUUUGAUUUGUUACCACUUCAUUGUUUUAUGAUCCACCUCGUUUUUGUUGUUGUACUAUUCUGUUGCUACUACAACUACUUCUACCAUACUUCUGAACUAUUAAUACAAUACUAGAAAAUCAGAACUCGCCGGAACUUCUACUGUUGCUAACGAAAUUGAUACCUCCACUGUAGUGGCUUUGUAAGGAUUACCUGUGCCCCCCUCCCCUUUACGUCUCUUGCUGUAUGGUUGAACAGUAAUGCUGCCGUUUUUGGCCCAUUGAUGCCUAGGUGAGUGCCUCUUCU